AAGAUAAAGAGAUAAACAAAAAUAGAAGAGAAAGAUAAUUCAUUUCAGAAAUAGAUACAGAUAGAUAAAUCCAUAGACAGCUAGAAAAAUAGACAGAUAGACGGACUUACAGGUAGAAAGACUGAAAGACGGAUAAAUAGGGAGAAGGACAAGCAGAUAAACGGAUAAGUAGAUAAGUAAACGGAAUAUUGUAUAUAAUACUGUAAAUGUCCCUAAAUACAGACAAACUAACACAAUAACACAGACCACCCAAUCUGAUCACUGCAUUUCUUUCUUCAACAGAAUGAAUCACGCAAUGUUCGGUCUCCGGCCCUUGGGGUUCCAUCUGAUGAACGUUCUGCUGCACUCCUGCGUCUGCCUGCUGAUGACCCGCCUUCUGCUGCGCCUGCUGCGUCUCCCUCAGGGCACCGUUCUCUCAGCGGGUCUCCUCUUUGCCACUCAUCCUAUACACAGUGAAGCGGUCACGGGUCUGGUUGGCAGAGCGGAUGUGCUCGCGUCCCUUUUCUUCCUGACUGCGAUAUUGACCUAUCACAGGUAAGCUUGUGGUUUAAAGCCUGGUCUGUCAUAGGUAAG